UCCCAAUACUAUUUUGUUUUGGAGCUUAUACUUUCGACGUAUGAUUCAGGUUCACAAGAGAAGAGAGUAGGAAAAGGGUUGCAAUAAUGGCAUCUGGAGGGGCUUUGCAGAAAGCGAUCGAGCUUGUAACAAAAGCCACAGAAGAAGACAAAAGCAAUAACUAUGCAGAGGCUUUGAGGCUGUAUGAAUCAGCUGUGGAAUAUUUCCUUCAUGCUAUGAAAUAUGAGGUUCCUAAUGAACGGGCAAAGGACACCAUUCGUGCCAAAUGCAAAGAAUACCUAAACAGAGCUGAGAAGCUUAAAGAACAUCUAGGAAAGAAGAAGAAAGCAGAAAAGGCUGGUGUUCCUGUAGGAAAGAAGAACAGCAAGGACUCAGAUUCAGAUGAAGAGUCAGACCCAGCAAAGAAGAAGAUGGAGUCACGGCUGGAAGGAGCAAUUGUGGCUGAGAAACCCAACAUUCGCUGGGAUGAUGUGGCUGGCCUUGAAGGAGCCAAAGCUGCCCUCAAAGAAGCUGUCAUCCUGCCCAUUAAGUUCCCACACAUGUUCACAGGAAAGAGACAAGCAUGGAGGGGCAUUUUGUUGUUUGGGCCUCCUGGUACUGGUAAGACCUUCUUGGCCAAAGCAGUUGCCACAGAAGCCAACAACUCAACAUUCUUCAGUGUCUCAUCAGCUGAUCUCGUAUCCAAGUGGAUGGGCGAGUCAGAGCAGCACGUGAAAACUUUAUUCUCAAUGGCUCGUGAACAGAAGCCUUCUAUUAUCUUCAUUGAUGAAGUGGAUUCACUUUGUUCCUCAAGAUCAGAACAGGAAUCUGAAUCUGCUCGUAGAAUUAAGACAGAGUUCCUUGUGCAGAUGCAGGGCGUUGGCAAUCAGAAUGAUGGCGUGUUAGUUUUGGGUGCUACUAACAUCCCAUGGACACUUGACUCUGCCAUCAGAAGAAGGUUUGAGAAGAGAAUCUACAUCCCGCUACCAGAGAAACAUGCUCGCAAGAACAUGUUUAUGCUCAACCUCGGAGACACGCCUCACUGUCUCUCAAACGAAGACUUUGACUAUUUAGGUGAAUUCACAGAAGGAUUCUCAGGUGCAGAUAUCAGCAUUGUUGUGCGUGAUGCCUUGAUGCAACCAGUGCGCAAAGUCCAGACUGCAACCCACUUCAAAAAGGUCUCAGGGCGGUCCCGUGACGACCCUAAUGUUAUUGUUCACGAUUACCUAAUGCCCUGUUCCCCGGGUGAUCCAAAUGCUUUUGAGAUGACUUGGGAACAGGUGCCCAGUGACAAGUUAUAUGAACCAGAAGUGACUAUGGCUGAUAUGAAAUGUGCCCUUAACGACUGCAAGCCCUCAGUGAACCAAGCUGACCUGGACAAGCUUCGCCAGUUUACAGAAGAGUUUGGACAAGAGGGUUAGGUGUUGUGUGUCUUGAGAAAUAUAAUAUCUUUUUUAUCCAGUUCUGCAUUUUGCAUGAAUAUCGUCCAUUAUUACUGAAAGUCCAGGAGAAGGAAGAAAAAAAAAAAACAUAAACAAAAAUUUGAAAUGAACAAGAGACUCUCUGAAACAGAAGUAUAGUUUAUCUAGUACAAGUAUGACAUGAUUAGUUGGUUAUCCAGAUGUAAAUAAAGUGAUUAUUUAAAGGUAAGCAUUUGUUCCUUAAGAUUAUAUUCACCUUUUUAUUCAUUGGUUACAGAGAUAGCAUUACAAAAGCCUUCUGAAUUUGAACAUUUGCCUUUUUAAAAUUAUUUCUUGCAUUAUAAAGAUGAUGUAUUAUUAUUUUAAUGUUUUGCGUGUUUACAAUAGUUUGUUUUAUUAGUAGGACCAUUUUUCUUAUUAUUAAUACUGGAUAAUCAACAUGUUUAUUGGGCAUACAUCGGCAACAUACAUCACAUUUUAUAAGCUCUUACUUUUUUCAUUAUUUCUUUCUUUUAUCUGCAGUUUCUACCUGUUUUAUAUUAUUUCACUAGUUCAUACUCGCAUACUUACACGAAGAAAACACUACACAAAUAGACCUCGUUAUUAUCAUUAUUUUACAAUGUUCAUUUACCUUUUUGGAUGGAAAAUUAAAGGUGUCAGGUUAAUUACAAACAUAAUCAUCUCAUAAUUGCCUGUAUAUUUGUAUGUAUCUUAACAAUUUAGUCUCAUAACAGACAUGCUCUUGUUGGUUCAGUAAUAAGUAAAAAAAUAAAAAAAUAAAAAUAAAAAGAUUAUAUCAGGGUUGUUUAAUGAUGGUCUUAGUUUAGUUCCCUCUGAUUAUUAUUAGUUUUUCCCGUUUUGUGUAAUUUGAUUUUUUUAUUAAUUUUCUGUCAGUGCUGUAUCGUCCUGAUUAAGGAAAAACAAGUGAAAUUGUAGUGAGUGAAGAGUAUGUGAUAUUUAUCUUGAUGAUUAUGUAAAGAUUUUUACUUUUCUGUGUGAUUUCUUUGACAAAGAAAAAGAAGAGAUAUUAAUUAAAGUCAUGAAUAGAAGUGUUUACAUGUUUUUGGUAGGUAAUAUUAGUUUUAUUUUUAUGUACAUCUCAUCAGUAGGUAAUUUUAUAUGCAAGACCAUCAUUAUGUCAUAAGUGAUUAUUUGUAGAAAUGCAGAGCAAGGGGGUCACUAAAAUUAGCGCUUUCAGUUUGAUUCUUUACAGUUUCCAUAAUUACUUAACUUGUAUAUAGCAGUAUUUCAGCUAGGCUCUAUGUUUAGGUGACCCCACCAAUAUUACUGUAGGUCUUAUUUACCAGUGGUUAGGGUAGCUUGUGUGAUGAACAAGAGAUGCUUGUUAUUUCAUAACACAAAAAUGUAUAUGAAUAAGAGAAUUUAAAGAAAAUGUUUAUGUAACUAUGGUUAAAUAAAAAUGAGAAAGACUAGCUGGUUGUAAUCAUUGUUACAGUAAAACUUUUAGAACAAGAAAAAGGGAAAGUCUACAUCAUGACACGGAAUGACCAAGCCAUAACAUUUUAUAUGUUCUACCCAUUGUAGCUCAGCUGAAAGAAUUAUAGUUUUCAAUUUCCAGAUUUUCCAUUCUAGCUGAAAUACUGCAAGUUUAGUAGUUGUUCUUAGACAUCCAAUGUUUAAAGUGUUUGUAUUUUUGUUCUGAAGAACUAGUGACUGAAUGAGUAAAUUCAGUAUCGGUCUGUGUAUGUGUGUAUGUGUUUGUAUGUUUCUGUCUGCCUUUGUUUUUUCUUUUGUGCUUUACACCAAAACAUAACCACAGUGAGCAGACACUUCCAGACACUUCCAGAAUUAGGACACUAAAGGGACACUUGAUUUUUUAUGCUUGAUGUCAAGAUUACACGCCUAAAGAUAGUGUAAAAGUUACUGGUUUGCCCCAAACAGCAGUAGUGUAUACUCAUCUUUCUGUCUACAGCUACACUAACAUAAAUUCUAAGAUAUAUGGACAGAACCAUGCAUCUCAGCCUUGGAAACUUGUAAUUGGUGACACAGAUGCUUGCUUAAGUACGGAUAUGUAUAUGCUCACUUCAGUAUGUUAUUUUUUUUUUCUUAUAUAGCUGACAAACAUAAAUAUGAUAUAUAUUAUACUCUUUUAUAACAAAAACAUGCAUUACAUAUUGCUUAUAGCAUAUUUUUUUCUCCAUGCAUCAGAAAUACAACCAAGAUCAAGUACUUCCUUAGUGAAUCAAGUAAGAGGCUGCUCUAAGGAUUCAGAGAAUUUUAUUUUAAACCUCCAUGUUACUGCUCUUCAUACCAUCCCUCACUGCCCAAAUCAUUUUAAAGAUUAACCUGCAGACAAAAAUCAUUUGAAACAUACACAAAAAAAUAUAUACAUUCUGUCCUGCUCAUUUUAUCUUUUCACAGUUCCAAAUAGAAAUGAAGUAAUUCUUAAUUUAUCACUAUUCUGUACUCCAGUCAAUCUAGACUAUAAAAAUAUAUGUAAAUACUAAAAUCUAAGCCAAGUGCUGCUGACUAAAUAUCCAGUUGCUCUAUGAUAUAGAUAAAAAAAUGGCUACUACGGUGAUAAGCAAGUAUUUCUUUACUUUAAAUCAACACUAACUAGGACUUCUUUUACCUAAAUCUCAUGGUAAACUUAGUCAGUCCUAAAUACUUCUUUAAAUUACCUAAAAUAAAUUAAUUAGCAAGCAAAAGUAAUUUGGUAAUCAACCCAAGACGCAUACACAUUUUAAAAGUAUGCUUCACUGCCUAACUUGUGACAAAGUUAUUAUUAUUGUAGGAAAUGUGGACUUGUCUGCUGCCUGUGACUUUAUUGUGUGUGUGCAGAUGUGCUUGCGUGUGUGUUUGCAUAUGCAUUUUGCAUCCAUACACAUAUGUGCUUGUAAACACAAAACAAUCUGUGAUGUGAUGAGAACAAAAAAUAUUAGUAAUGAAAAUAAAUGAACCACAAAGCUAAUGAAAGAAGUUUCCCUUCAGUUUCUUUAAAAGGUAAAUCAGGACCGUUGUGUGAUACCAUUUCUGACUCCUGAAUUCUCAACUCCUAUAUUUACAUUUUACACAUUUCUCCAUGUAGUUAAUGUAGUGUGACACAUGAAGACAUGACAGUAUGAAUGACAUGCUAGUUAAAUUGUUGGUGAUAUCAAGGAUGCAAAAAGAUUUUUUUUCCAAGAUUCUUAUGAUGAUUCUUGCAGAAAUUAUUUUGGAAUUUAGUACUUAUAUCCUUUCUUAUUUCCAAUAUGAGCUGCUUAUGAUUGAUAGAUUUUUUUCUUUUUGCACUAGAAAAGUGAAGAUCAUUUCUUUCUCUCCUCUGAAACUCAAUUUCAGUUGCACAGACUGGAUACUUACAAAAAAAUAAAGAUUAAAGUGAGUACAUGUUUAUUGUUAAGUGAACACAUGAUGAAAUGUAUUGCAUGAUAUUUCUCUUCAUGAACUGAUGUACUUCACCAUAAAUAAUUAUUGGUAUAUUUCACCUGUAAUACUAUUUUUUCAUAAUGCCUGUUAUAUAAAACCACUAUGGAAUUUUGUAAUGAGUAUUAUAUGUAGAGAAUGUUGAUUAAUCAAAGUUUUAAGUAGUUUUAGCAUUUUCUAGUAGAAAUGCAGUGCUGUUUAGUUGAUAAGGAUUCUUUCUAUUUCAUAUUGUAGUUUCUGUUUUCCAAUUUCCUGUUUAUUUUAUAUAGUGCAUUAUUUUUUAUUUGAUAUGAAAUAUGUAUUACCUAGUUUUUUCAAUUAUUUUCCACAAUCAAAUUUUGACACUGUAAUAAAGAUAUCAUUAAAGCUG